AGCCUCUAGGUCGGUUUUCGCUCACUCCUCAAUCGAUUUUCCCACUCACUUGAAAAAGCUACCAUCUUGGCAUGGAGUGAAAAUUUUGCUGUUCCCCGAGUCAGAGGCUGGAAAAUUUUCUGCAGCUCUUCAGUGGUGUCUCCGGAUCGUCGAAUGUCUAAGUGCUACUACCAGCAACGAAUUUCCACAACCCAGUGGUGCUGAUUAGAUUGGUGAAAAAAUGAAUUGUGCGGGCAGUAGUUGUUGAGGAGUUUUAACCAAUUUACUGAAAUUGAAGCAAAAAUAGCUGAGGACGACUAGUUUUGUCCUGUUUGUUAGCAAAAUCCUUCGCAGCAGUCGCAGCGAAAUUGCGAAUAAAAAAAAUCCAAAAUGGCUCCGGGUAUUAAAAUAUGGAAAAGAGAGGCGGAACCCGAUGCCGAUGUGAAACUAGCAGAGGCAGCAACCACCCUGGGGACGAAAAUCUUCGGUCACAAGCAUCCCCAUCUUCGCACGACGACGGAAUCAGAUUUAGAGACAGACGAAAAUGACGAGCUUGGAAGCACCGCGUCGCCAACGAAAGGCGAGGCGGAGAAGAUUGGCGAGAAGGCGGCGGAAAUCACCGAGGCACUAGCACACGAAAUGGGCAUCCCAACGUGGGGCCUAGUGUCCAUCAUAAUCGUGGUCGUCCUGAUCAUCCUCGGCAUCUGUGGCUUCUGCAUCCGGCGCUGCUUCCGCAAGAGACGCUCCAAAGAUGGCAAGAAGGGCAUGAAAGGAGUCGAUCUGAAAUCGGUACAAUUAUUAGGUUCAGCAUACAAAGAAAAGGUGCAACCCGACAUGGAAGAACUGACUGAAAAUGCAGAAGAGCAAGACGAGGGAGAAAGCAAGCAAAGUGAACAGAAACUAGGCAAACUGCAAUAUAAGCUUGAAUAUGAUUUCAAUGCCAAUGCCCUCACGGUGACCGUGAUCCAAGCGGAAGAAUUGCCAGCUCUUGACAUGGGAGGCACGUCUGAUCCUUACGUAAAAGUCUAUCUACUCCCCGAUAAAAAGAAAAAGUUCGAAACAAAAGUCCACAGGAAAACUCUCAAUCCGGUAUUUAACGAAUCGUUCACAUUCAAGAGCCUUCCGUAUGCCGACGCGAUGAACAAAACCCUAGUGUUUGCCAUAUUCGACUUCGAUCGGUUCUCCAAACAUGACCAAAUCGGAGAAGUCAAGGUACCCCUCUGCCAGAUCGAUUUGGCCCAAACCAUCGAGGAGUGGCGAGAACUGCAAAGCGUCGAAGGCGAAGGCGGUCAGGAUAACAAGCUGGGAGACAUCUGCUUCUCGCUGCGCUACGUACCAACAGCAGGUAAACUUACCGUCGUGAUUCUGGAGGCGAAGAAUCUAAAGAAGAUGGACGUCGGAGGAUUGUCAGAUCCAUACGUAAAGAUUGCACUGAUGCAGAACGGAAAGCGUUUGAAAAAGAAAAAGACUAGUAUCAAAAAAUGCACACUAAACCCCUACUACAAUGAGUCGUUCUCAUUCGAAGUUCCUUUCGAACAAAUACAAAAAGUGAAUCUGGUGGUAACUGUGGUGGAUUACGAUCGCAUCGGAACGUCGGAACCCAUUGGUAAGGUCGUCCUAGGCUACAACGCAAGCGGCACCGAGCUACGCCACUGGUCAGACAUGCUGGCAUCGCCAAGACGUCCGAUCGCACAAUGGCACACUCUUAAAGACCCGGAGGACGACAAGAAGGACUAAGGUGGACCAACGGCGGAUUAGUGGUGGCGGAGCGCCACCUCAGCUACAAACAAACAAAAAAAAACAUACGAGAGACAAGAGACACUGAUUGGAUCAGGAGAAAAAAAUCAUAGUGGACGCAUUAAUGAAAUAGGAAUAAAGAAACAUAAAUACACACUAAUCGAAGAAAAGAGUGAAUAUGGCGAGCGGAAACUAUAGGCCCUUUAGAGGUUGGAAUUUCUUGAUCGAUUUUUUCGACGGCUGAUUUGAUUCACAACAUAACGAAGCUCUAUCAGGUUCAUGUAAAAAAAUGAGAAAUUUAAAAUGUUGAUGUUUAUUUCGUUCUUAAAACGGUAUGUUCAAGUACUAGUGGAACGUUUUUGGAAGGAGUCAGUUAACUGUUAAAAA